GUUUGGUCGAAAGAGAUUCAUCAUUCAGGAGACCACUGAGGCACAAGAAGAUUUUUUUCGUUCACCUUAUCGCUUUCAAGGUGCCUUGUCGUCCAGUCGCUAGCGAAAAUCUUUGCAUUUGGUUUGAGAUCCAUUGGCAUUGUUGAUUCGUGAUCUUCACCUUGAAUGAUCAAAUCGUUGGUUGGAAGUAUCAUAACCUGCAUAUCUUGUUAAUAAACGGUUUUAUCUUGCAGCGCUAACAGAAGAGUCGAUUUCUUUCGUAGGCAAGACUUUUUAGCCAACUGCAUUUGUACAAAAGCCAUGCUAAAAUGAAUGAUUUGGACGGAAUUUCAACGCCUGCGUGGGAGAGUACUAUGAAUACGAGUGUUAAACAACAGAUCGAGAAUGGUAUGAUCGAUAUCGAGCUAGUAUUUCUUGUGUUCGCCUUUAUCAUGGUCGCCGUUGGCCUGGUCGGAAACGUCGUGAUCAUUAUUUCGGGACUUAGAUUGCCGAUGACCAGAAAAAAAGGCGUCACGACGGGCUCCAGGUAUUACAUUAUCAACUUAGCUUCGGCCGACCUUUGCGUGCUGAUCGUCUAUUCGGUGACAGACCUCACUCCGUUGUUGCAUCCAUGGGGCCUUGGUGAUUUCAUGUGCAAGGCGCUUUUACCCUUGCGGGAUGUUUUUCUUAUCGUCUCCUUGGUAACGAUCACGACGUUGAGUUUAGAACGAUACUGGCUUAUAACACGACCGCUACAGCAUCAGGGAAACAAGAGCAUCGCAAAAGUGGUCUUGGUAUUCAUUUGGAUCGCGUCGUAUCUCGUGAACGGCUUGCCAUUGUUACUUCUGACACGACUUGUAAACACGCAGGACGGUGUAAUUUGCAUGCUAAAAUAUCCAUCGGUUCUCCAUAUGAAGGUUCACGUCGGCUUUGGUAUCGCUAUUAUUCUCAUCCCAUUUCUUAUCGUCACAUUUUGUUAUGUAGCUAUAGGCAUCACACUACAAAAUGUCUACAAAAAACACAGCCAAAACAUGUUACAUGGCUACGACGAGGCUGGGAACAAACACACGGUUACAUUAAUCUUGCGCAGCAAACGGCUGGUCAAAGUUCUGAUCGUCCUCCUCGUUGCGUUUGCUAUUUGUAAUCUGCCCGUUGUUCUCUACGUACUUGCGCAUUUCUUUUACAAAUUUGAGCAGUUCGAACACCAAAAAACCUUGUAUACUUUUUUCCAAUGUAUGAUGGUCUACGGGAGUGGUGUUAACCCGCUUAUUCUACUUCUAAUGGCAUCGGAGUAUAGACUUUGCAUCGUGGAGUUGAAAGAGAUGCUCAGAAAACUCUGUACUGGGUUUUGUGGCGGAAGUCGCUUAGGAAAAGAGCGCCCAGAUCAGCCAUAUUGUGCUAUGUUGCAAGACAAAAACAUACCAACGACACCCGUGUAAUCAUGCGUUUAUAUCAUGCACUGAAUAUUUUCUAGAUGCCAUGCAUAAAAGCUCGUAAGAGUUUAUGACAUGUCCUGCAACAAGCCUACCUUUAUUACUGGAUACUGGACUAAAUGUACUAUGUGUAUCAUUUAUAUUAGCCACAGACCUAUUAGAUAUACUAUAGGUCAGUGAUAUUAGCUAAGAAAAUUGAGUUAUGAGAAAUAUGAAGAAUUAUAUGAGAAGCGUAACGGACUUUUAGGAGCAGUGUUCUCACAAUCAAAUUUUGAAAUCCCAAAAACAACCCAAAAACUCCUUAGACUGGUGACUAAAAUUUAUUGGUCACAAACUGGUCACCGCUACAGUUGCUAGUGUUCCUCCCUCUGUUGUAUGUUUUUCAGUCUUGCAAUCUUGUUUUAUAGUUACUAAGAACUGAACUAGCCACUAGAAACUAGUUCAUUUUUAAAAUAUUUGCUGCAUGAAGACUUAAAAGAAGAAGCAGUAUACACUAAAUACAAUGUUUCAGUGUAUUAAUGUUCUGAUUAACAGACAGUAACUUUAGCCAUUUUAUACACAGUUAAACAAGAAGACCAAGUACAUAUAUGCAAUUAUGUACAAAUAGUCGUUAAUUUCUCACUCAAAAAAUCUCUUAUACGUCCCAAGGGCAAUAUAUGUUUUUCAAAUACAUUGAAAAAUCCUGCAUGAAAAACCUACAACUAGGGUUCCUACCCUAAAAGUAACAGCACGGCAUGCCCUAUCAAGAGAUCUAGCUGAUAAACGUACAAGCCACUUAAUAAUAGAGAAGUUGAGAGAUGUUCAAGGCAAUCAUUAAAUAAAUAAUUCUUUCAACAGGGCAACCUCGUUCCCAGGGUCUUUUUUACUCAGGGGUGUCAUGCAACUAUUUUGAGCAAAACAUAUAAUUUCUUAGUUAUUUUAAAAUUUUAAAACUAGUUAAAAUAAGCUUCCACAAAG